CAGCUGAUGCGCGUAUCAACCGACCGACUCCAUCAUCAGCAUCCGACGCUGACAGCGGUCGAAGACAGCAUCCUUAAUAUUACCGAGCCACGGCAUCAACGCGGAAUAAUUCAGAGCCCGACCGACCAGGACUGACGUCUCUGUCUUUUGACAAUAUUGUUUGUUGGGGCUGCCAUCUUACAAAACCGCCAAGCUGCAAAAUAGUGAGUAGCCUUUGAUGAUGGACCGCCAGGAUGCUACAAUCGUGUGUGUGCCCCCACUACCUGCAUUAGGUUGUGAUGACCCACACUACUUCCAAAUGUAUCUGUGACCCUCCCCAAUCCUGACUCCUAACCUCUAAUCCUGACCUUUGACCCCCACUAUGGGCAGUGUUGGCAGUGGGGUGGCAGGAGAGCAGGAGUUUGCCAUGAAGUCUGUGGGCACGAGGACCACCCUGCCCCGAGCACCUCCUCUCUCUCGCCGUUGCCCUGCUGAUCGCAGCUGCAGCGCAGAGCGGCUGCCACGCCCCCAGCAACUAUAUCAGACGGGACGGCCUCUAGCGAUGAACGAGGGAGUGUUAGUAUCGGGACUGGGACCUGUACUGGGACUGACCGGCCCACCGAAACAGCCUCCUCCACCAACACUGAAUGCACCAUGACAGCCCCAUCCAACAACAACCAGUUGGACUGUGGCAACGGAGCAGGCAGGAGGGAGUGGGAGAGGCAGCGUGAGAGGGGGAGAGACAGGGACCGGGACCGAGACUGGGACCGGGAGAGGUUAGAGAGGGAACGAGAAAGGGAGAGGAACCGGGAGAGGGAGCGGGAAAGAGUGGAGAGGGAGAGGCUGGAACGUGAGAGGGAACGUGAGAGGGAGCGAGCCAGAGAGAGGGAACGAGAGAGGAUCGAAAGGGAGAAGAUAGAAAGGGAGAGAGAGCGCGAGAGAGAGAGGGAGAGGGAGCGAGAAAGAGAGAGGCUGGAGAACGAGAGGAUGGAAAGAGAGCGAGAGAGGGAGAUGCAGGCUGCAGGUUUAGAUGUUUGUGGGAACAUUGUGGGUCGAGGGGCCAGUGAGAAGAGCAGUGUUGGGAUGAGCCAACACCAGCACAGAGAGAUGGCAGCCGCCAGAGCCGACAGCGAGAACAAUCCAGCCAGCCAUAACCACAACCCUCCAAACCACAACCCGCCCAAGAUCAUGCCUGUGUCAGGAAAACUGGAACAGGCAAUGCAGAACAACUCAGGCCUUGUGCGUCCUUCUGCAUUCAAGCCAGUGGUGCCCAAGAGCUUCCACUCCAUGCAGAAUCUGGUAGGCCAGGCAGGAGGGGCUGGAAAUGAGGGAAAGAAUGAGGGAAGGAGUGAAGGGUUCAGUGAGGGCAGAGUAGGCAGGAGAGGCAGGGAUGGAGGAGGAGGAGAGUCAGGAGAGGUCCCAGAAGCCCUGCUCCUUGAUCAGGACAGCCCAGUGAGGGUUAGCAGAAGUGAUGGAGGGGGAACUGGUAAUGAAGUGGUUCAGGGAGGCAUGUCCGAUUCAGGGAGAAACUCCCUGACCAGUCUGCCCACCUACACGGGCUCAGGGUCUGGUUGUGGACCCCCAGCAGUCCUGGGGCCCCUCAGUGCUUCUACCAGCCACAUCAACAGAUUGGGCAUGGUUGGAGCCGCUGCAGGCCUAGAGAAGCUGGAGAAGCCUGGCUACCAGAAUGGGAUCAGCGCCUCAGACAGCGGCCGGUCCUCCUCUGGAAAGAGCUCUUCGUCCUAUCAGAGGCUGAGCCACCUGAGUGAUGCUCCAGCACCUCUACGCCCCUCUCCCUCCUCGGAUGACAUCAUCCAGGACCUCGAGGAUCGCUUGUGGGAGAAAGAGCAAGAGGUGCAGCAUAUGCGCAGAAACCUGGACCAAAGUGAGGCAGCGAUCAUUCAGGUGUUUGAGGAGAAGCAACGCGUCUGGGAGCGACAGAUGGAUGAGCUGAGACAAAACUAUGCCUCGCGUCUGCAGCAGGUUACCCGUCGUGCUCAGCGUUCCCAGACUGCCCUGCAGGCCCAGAUAACCCGUCUGUCCCAGGACAAAAGGAGGCUCCAGGAGGAGAUGGCGGCUCUGUUGGCCCAGAGAGAGGAGCUGGAGAGAAAAUGUUUGGAUUACAGGAAGGAGCAAGCUGACAUCUUGCCUCGCCUGGAGGAAACCAAAUGGGAGGUGUGCCAGAAAGCAGGAGAGAUCUCCUUGCUGAAGCAGCAGCUGAGGGAAAGUCAGGCUGAAGUGACCCAGCGAGCUGGAGAGAUGGUGGCCCUGAGAGGCCAGCUAAAGGAGCUCAACGCCCAGCUGAGGGAACGGGAGGAGGUCAUGCUGGGCCUGAAGGACUCCUACAGCAGCAAGAGUGUGGAGCUGGAGAAGUGUGAGGGAGAGCUGAGGAGGACUCUGUCUGAGGUGACCAUCCUUAGAGAGAAGCUGGGUGUAUUUGAAGCAGAGGUGCUAAGUUUAAAACGGGCUCUGAGUGAAGUGAGCAGAGGGGCAGAAGUUGUUGUGAGCCCUAACUUAGCUGCUGCAGGGCUGCUGCCUCCAUGGGGAGGUGUCCACUGCCCACGAAACCCAACUGAGCCCUCAACAAACUCCCUCACCCCCACGUCUGACACCCUGCUAAGCCUUCAGAGUGAUGAAGCCAAAGCCCAAAGGCAGGAAGCUCAGAGACAAGAGAGGCAACAGCGCGAAGAAGCUCAGUGGCGUGACGUGCAGCAACGGCAAGACGCGCACGUUCCGCAGGACCUUCAGAUGCGUCAGGAUGCCCAAAUCCGACCAGAGGCUCAGCUCCGCCAGGAGGCACAGCUGCGCCAAGAGGCUCACCUGCGUCAUGAAGCCCAGAUCCGUCAAGAGGUCCAACUACGCCAAGAAGCGCAGCUGCGUCAAGAAGCGCAGCUCCGUCAGGAGGCCCAACUUCGCCAUGAGGCUCAAAUGCGUCAAGAGGCCCAGCUACGUCACGAGUCCCAACUCUGCCAGGACGGUCAUCAGCCACAGAGGGUCCAGGAAGGUCACUGGGAUGAAGCGGGCGAGCUGCGCAGGCAGCUAGAGCAGUUGCAGGCUGCGUUACGGCUGGAGCGACAGCAACGGGAACGUCAGGCCCUCAACUUUGACCAGGAGCGCCACACCUGGCAGGACGAGAAGGAGCGGGUUUUGAAAUACCAGGCACAGCUGCAGCUCAGCUAUGUGGAAACACUGCAGAAGAACCAGGCCUUGGAAAAACGUAUGAGCCAGCUGGGAGCUAAACAAACCACAACCACAACCACCACCACUGUUACCACUAUCACCACUACUUCCCCCACCUCCUCUAAUUCUCCACCUCCACCGCCACCAGCUCUCUCACCUCUGUCUCCUCAGCCUCUGCCGUCUCUCUCUGGCCCUAUCGCCCUCACCCUCUCUCCACCUUGUGAAGACCAAAAGGGCCCUCCUUCCCUCCACCAGCUUGCGCCUCCCUGGGCAGGACCCUCACGCCUGGAGAGGAUCGAGUCAACUGAGAUAUAGAGACACCUCCAUGGAGGAAAUUCUCCAUUUCACACCAUUCACAGUGACCAAGGCCUCUCACACAAAGCCACUUCAGCAUACAGUAGAAAAACAAUUCAGUCUACAAUAGAAUAAACCAGUACAGUCUGACAUACUUUUCAAAGCAACCAUAGACACAAAGCAGCAACAGGAGCCGACUGUUAAAAUGCAACAAGAACAAAGGAACUUAACAACAUCAAUCAUUAUCAAUGAGAUUUUCAAGCUCCUAAGCAGCCUUUCUAUCACUAGUUGCUAAUUGCAGCAUCCAACAUAAUCAGUGUUCAUGAAAAGUGUGCCACGCUAACGGAUGGCAGCAAAACAAAAUAUUAAAUGACGGUGUUUAGAUUACAGCGCUAAAACAUGAGUCAUUUAUGCUAGAAAAGGACCAAGACAAUCAGGGAUAUUGUCAGAAACGAUCAACAGGAAUAUAAUGUGGUAUUUAUUCAUUGUAAGUCUGUGUCACUGGUUAUGUAAAAGUAGAAUUAGUGGUCAGAGUGUGUGAUGUUAACAUUUUUGGCCAGAGAGCGCCUUACUCCAGUCUUUCCAGCAUGAGUAUGCUGGGAACAGUUAGUGGUGGGGGGGAAAAAAAAUCAAGUGUGAUGAUUUCAGCGCUUUAAUCACGACCUUAAUUAUCAGCAAACCAGUCAAACAGAAGUGUUACAUAUGGCUGGACUAUUUAAUUUGUAAUCCCAGCAGUUAGUGACGUCAGCGGUCUCGCAGACUGAUUCAGUUUAUUUCGAGUCAUUUCAUGCACAGGGUCCAACACACAUGGCCCAUUUAAACACAUUAUUAAGACCAACAGAGUUUAUAUUUUCUACAAAUUGAAUUUAAAUAGAUAUGUUUAGCAGAUAAUCAGCCCCAAAUGAAGGCAGAACAGGUUUCAGGACACGGGAGAACGUGGUUCACCUUCACUCCAGUAUUCCUGCGGUGACUAAAAAUGAACACCAGGGGUCACUGGAGAGCUUUCACCGCUCCGCUAGCAGAUGAUGUGAAUGGAAGCACACAAUUUGAAUUUGGUUAUUAUGAUAAUUGUGUCAUUCACAGCCAAGACAUCUGUCAAAGCAGUACUUAUCCCCAAAGUUAAAAAAUUUUAUAGAAUGUAUGAUAAUCUAGAAAGAAAUACUUAUAAUAGUUAUAGAUUGUACAUUUUUGUGUACGAGAGAAAGCGAGAGCGUGUGCGAGCGAGUGCGUGCAUGUGUGUAAACAUAUGAAAAGCUUCAGCUUAUGAGAUUGAGGAUAGAGGGACUAGUGGCAAUAGAGCAAGUGAAGAUAUAAUAUAAGCAAAGGGGGAUUUUCUCUACAGUAACAUGUACAUCAAAGCUUGUGAGACUUACAUUUCAAACUGAGGGGGUGUGUAUAUGCUGGAAAGUCUUACUUUCUUCUGUAUAUUUCGUUUCGAUAAAGCAGGGGAUAAGGAAGUGGGGAAAAAAUCAGACGAGUGGAGAGUCUGCCUCUUUAAAGGGAGAAUUGAGGCUAACUGCACUAUGUAGUGUCCUACACACAAGUUAUGAUGUACAGUAGACUCAGAUGUGAAUAUCAUGGCUUUUAUAUGUGUUGUUUAUGCCAGCAUACAAAGAUGUUGCUCAAGAAUAUUAACUUAUCUCUAAGGUAUUAUAUAGUAUUAUCAUCUUUAUUACUGUUAUUAUAUUAUGGUGAACUGACAGAGAAAAAAAUAUGUGCCAUUUGAGCUUUCCUUUAUGUGGUUUUUGUUUGUUUUUUAACUGUGUAGAUAGCCUAUCGGCCUACCAUGAUGGUGCAAUCAUAGCAACCCUGUCCAAAAAUGAUGUUCCUUUUUGAUGUAGGUGAUAAAUGUAGUUACAGUAUUGCAUUGUUUAGAGAACAAAAUGCCACCGAUUUUAUACAUAUUUCCAAUUUAUUGUUUGCAUUUAUGUUACUAGUACUGCUCUGGCUUGAUUAAAACCCACCUCUUUGUUAAAUUCAGCAGAACUAAUAAAGAUAUGUGAAUAAUUCAA